AAGUUAAGAUGUCUGCGGCGGGUACGGGUGCGGGUGCGGGCGGUUGUGGACCCGGACCCGGUUCGGGCGGCGGUUCGGGGACCUGUAACCCCCGAAAGUUCAGCGAGAAGAUAGCUUUGCACACUCAGCGACAGGCAGAGGAGACGGCAGCGUUUCAGGAGGUUAUGAUGGACAUCACCUCAACUCGGCUCCAGGCCCAGAAAGUGCGUCUGGCUAGAAGCCAGGGCCAGUAUUUUGGAGGGUCCCUGCCCAAUGUCAACCAGAUUGGGAGGAACACAUCUGACCUUCAGGGCCAUUUCCACACCACUCUGGAGUCCAGUCGUUCCACGCGGCACCACGGCCUUGUGGAGCGUGUCCACAGAGACAGGAGAUUUACCUCCCCAGUCCGUCCGUACAGAAGACAAACUGACAGCUCACCGUACAACUCAGCGUACUUGUCUCCGCCCCCAGACCCCAGCUGGAGGAGGAACUGGUCCCGCAGCUUCCCUGUGGACAAAACCCUGUCUGCCCCUCUCCCCAUCACUGCUCUCAACAGGACAAACUCGGACUCGGCCCUGCACACCAGCGUGAUGACCCCUCUCUCCAGGGAUCCUCUCUCAGGCCACACCCUGACCCCCCAGAGCAGACACAGCGGUCAGGCGGAGGGGGUCGUACGCAAGAUGUUCCCGUAUCCUGUUCCACCUAUUGAGGAGAACAUGAUAGAGGAGGGGAGGCUGCUGAAACCGUGGGACGCCAAGAAGCUACCAAUGCUGUCAUCACGACCCAAGUCCUGUGAAGUCCCGGGUAUCAAUAUCUCGCCCUCCCCGGACCAGCCGUCCGGCGUACCCCACAUCCCGGCAGCCCUGAAUGCGGGGGGCUCCCUCCCUGACCUCACCACCCUCCACUUCCCCUCCCCGCUGCCCACCCCCCUGGACCAGGACGAGCCCGGCCCCCCCUCCCUCAGCGGGGGCAGCAGCACGGGUAACCUGGCCAGCACCCUCACCCAGCUGGGCAUCACCGCCGGCAACGCCUUCCACCUACCAGGCUUGUCUGCGUCUCACCAGGGAACUUACAGUAACCCGUUGCUCCAGUCAUCGCUAAGCAACCCCAACAUCCAAUCGUCUCUCAGCAGCCACUCCAUCCCAAACUCCUUGAGCUCCACCUCCUUGCACUCGUCACUUAGCAACCCCUCACUGCAGUCCUCCCUCAGCAACCAAUCCCUGCAGUCCUCCCUCAGUAACUCCUCCCUCAGCGGCCAUUCCCUCCACUCAGCGACCAGCAACCCCAGUUUCAGCAGCGGAGUGGGUGGGUCUGGCUCGUGCUCCUCUUCCACAUCCUCGGCCUACGCCCCAAUGGGUCAGGUGCAGUCACCACUCGCCACAUCGCCACGGAAACGAACCCAGCUCAGCCCCCUGAUAGUACCCAUUGGUGGAGAUUCUCGGCGGCAUCACCCCAAACAGUUCUCACCCACCAUCUCUCCUACGCUCUCCUCUAUAACACAGGGGGUUCCUCUGGACACCAGUAAACUGUCCCUGGACCAGCGGCUGCCAGCAUAUCCCUACACUCAGCUCCAGGCAGGUCCUCCAGCAUCCCAUCAGCCCUUGCAGCAGACCCAGCACCAACAACAACAACAUCAUCACCAACAGCAGCAACAGCCAGAACACCACCAGCACCCACAGCAUCAAAACCAACAGCAACAGCACGCACAACAACCUCUUCCACAGCAACAACAGCAUCCACAUCAACAACCGCAUUCACAGCAGCAACAGUAUCCACAGCAACAACCACCUCUACAGCAACAACAGUAUCCACAGCAACAACAGCAUCCGCAGCAGCAACAGUAUCAGCAUCAGUAUCAGCAGCAUCAGCAGCAUCAGCAGCAGCAGCAGCAGCCGACUUCACAGUGCUCGCAGAUGGAGCCCCGGGGCCUGCAGCUGCUCCUCCAGAGUCAGCAGAACGCUCCCAUGCAGAGGCCAGUUGCACAGCCCCUCCCCCCGACACAGAUGCAGCAGGGCGCCACAGACCACCAGCAGAGGGUGCCGGCUCACACGGACCAGCUCCAGCACCCCAGCAUGACUGCACAGGUGGGCAACACACCAGCCAGCGCCUUGGGCCUGUUCGCUGACACCUCCAUGCUGAGCUCCUUUUUGGACGACCCCUAUCUGGGCAUGCAGCUUUCUGCGAGUCAGAGCCAGGCCCUCCUGCAGCAGCUGGGACAGUUCAGCAAGGACACUCGGCCAGGAGGUCAGACCUUUAACCACGGCUCCGGGUGCGAGCCUGCAGUCGGAACAGGGAAUGGGGGGCCCCGCUCUGGUGAUGGGGCGUCCCAGGGAACCCAGGGUUCGGGGGACACGCAGUUCCUCAACAAGCAGAACCAGAAUCAGAGCCAGGGGUUCAGCGGAGGGAGCUGCCACAACCUGCCCAACAUCAUCCUGACAGGGGACUCAUCUGGCCUGUCCAAGGAGAUCACCAGCGCGCUGUCCGGGGUGCCGGGCUUUGAGAUGGACGCCUUCGGGCUGGAUGACCCGCUGCAGAUGGACCCGCUGGCUCUGGAGGGGCUCAGCAUGCUGGCGGAGGGAGACCUCAUGCUGCCCGACCCGGCCGUGGAGGACUCCUUCCGCUCCGACCGCCUCUGAUGGGACGAGGGACGGAGUGGCCAAGGGUCGGGGCGUGGGCGGCAGACAGGGGGAGGAGUUGACUUCAGAUCAAAGGCGAGUGCGGGGCCGGGGGGCGUGGCUUGGCCGUCACGGAGUCCGCAGCAGGGAAGAGAUGGGAAGAGCGCCCCCCCCCCCCCC